AUGCCCCCCAAGCACCUCAACUCGAACGCGAAGCGCACGCGCCCCCGCGCACCAGGGGUGAAGGCUGGCCUUGAACUCAUGGCCUCCCUCGGCGGCAUCUCCGUCCUCGGCACCCAGCAGACGCCUUACUACUACUUCCCACCCGAGAAGCGCAUCCGCGCCGGCGUUGACCGCUGCACCCGCUGUGUUACUGCGUGCGGACCCAAGGCGGCUUGCAACGUCCAGCCCCUUCUCCGCGUCGGCACCAACCUCUGGAAGGGCCGUCAGUGCUACUACUGCACCAUCUUCCCAGCCGAGCUCCAAGGAGAGACUUGUUCCCUCGACGGCGCACUUUACAUUUACGACAAUGACCGCCGUCGUAUUCUUCUCGUCGACGCCAAGGGUGAGGUGAUCAACCGCCCCAUCGACGACCUGGACCUGGAGCUGCCCGACCUCCCAACGCCCGCCGACACGCCCGUCGACACGCCCGUGUCCACCCCGCCCCCCGCCUCGCCCGUCAACGAGACCAAGCCUCUCGUCGUCGCGACCGACCCCACUGUCAUUAAGAAGGAGGUUCCUCUUGAGGAGCCCACCCCCAUUCCCAUUACGCCUGUGCGCCUCUCCCCCGAGUGGUCGCAUCCCCCUUCUCCCGCUCCCGCUCCCGCUACCGAGGUCGUCGAGCCCGUUUCCCCACCUUCCAUCCCUGCCCCUGCCCCCUCUACCCCCUCUAUGCCUGCCCUCGACUCGACUACCGCUACCCCCGCCGACACCCCAGGGCCGUCCACCCCCGCCGCCCCUGCUUCGACCGUCACCACCCCCUCUCCAGCCGUCAUCACCGAGUACCAGUGGCUCAAGGACGACCUCUCCCUCGUCAACCGCAAGGCUAAGGCGGAGGCUGCUGCCAGCAAUCCUCCUCCAGCCGAACCUACUCCCCCUGCCACCCCCACUACCCUCGCCCCUGCUGCUCCCAUCAUUGAGAAGGAGGCGCCCAAGCCGGUGGCCAAGCCGGUUGAGGCACCCAAGGUCGUCGAGCCCAAGCCUGCUGAGGCCAAGCCUGUCGAGGUCAAGCCUGCGCCGAAGCCUGUCGAGAUCAAGGCCGUCCCCAAGCCUGUUGAGGCCCCCAAGCCUGUCGAGGCCCCCAAGCCCGUCCAGAAGCCCGUUGCCGCUCCCGCUCCCGUCGUCGCGCCCACCCCAACCCCCGCCCCCGCCCCUGUCGCCUCGGAGGACCCUCUGGCCCAGCUCGCCGUCUCCCGCCGCCCCCUCGCCGCCCUCAACGCCCUCAGCAGCCUACUUGAGAAGGAGCUCGCCCAGCUCAGCGCGGCCAACGCCGAGGUCGAGCGCCUCCGUGCUCUUGUGCGCGCCAAGGACACCGAGCGCUCUGCCAAGGCCGCCCGUGUUGAGCAGUACCGCUGCGCCAUUGACAACGCGCUUACCGCACUCGAGGAGGAGCGGAGCAGCCUCAUGCGCAUGCGCGGCAAGCUUGCUGCUGCGCUUGCCACCAAGUUGUAG